UCUUCUCCACCUCGGCAUGAUUGAAUGACAUGGGCGUUGUCGCCAGCUGCUUCCUCCUCCUCCUAUCUUUAUAGACAUGGCUCGAUUCUCGGAUGACGAUGUUGUUUCCUGGCUCCGUCAGAUUCCGCCGCAACACUCCUCUCCAUCCCGCAAUCCGUCUUGCCAGCGAUCUUCGCGGCACAAGAGACGAAGACUCGAGGGGCCCCCGUCUCCGCCGCCGUCGAUAUCGCCGUCCGGAUCCGGGCAAAACCCGCUCUUCACUAUUACGCCCCCUCUUCACGCGACUCAGCCGGCCUCGAGGUCGCCCUAUUCCGCCAUGUCGACACCGACCCCGAAACGAAAGCGAAAGGCCUUGCCGACAGCCAGAAGCGCGACGGCGGGCGAUGACGAGGUCGACGACCUACAGACACCAAGGCCUUUCCGAAUGCACCCCCCAUCGCUGCCGCCCAGCGAGAGCGAGAGCUCCAACUCGGAGGCGACCUCUGCGUCCGGCAACUCAUCGCCAACCAAUGAACUCUCCAAGUUGGAGCUCGGCCAGUCGCGUAUCACCACGCGUGUUCUCGAUGCGCGCGCUCAGGGCAUUCCCAAGGAGCUUGUCGCUCUGCUGAGUGACGUUAACAAGAUCACAAUGCAUCGUGGAUACAUCCCGCAGUACCUCGAGCCCGCCUUGUCCAGUCUCGACGACGACAACCCUUAAACAAUGCUUGCGCACAUGCAGUCCAUCGUUGCCGCCAGUUGGGAUGCACAGGAAACACUACAAGUAGAGAGUGCCUGGAACAUAAU